AUGCCAAACAGUCGGUCCUUUUCGCUUUAUAAUGAUACCCAGCGAGAUUUAGGUGGCUCUAUCAGUGUACUUCGAGAUAUCCUACCGGGAAAGAGCAUCUUACGCACUGCCCUCGGGGCAAUAGCACUCAGUGCUGCCGCAAAUGAUGACAACAGCCAGUAUUGGAUGAAGCAACAGGGAACAAAAUUACAUAUGAAUGCUCUGCAACAAAUGCGAAAAGCAUUAAGCUCCCACAGGAAGCCUGAUCUGGAACUUCUCGGCGCCGCACGGGUAUUCAGCUUCUACGAGGCUCUAUACGGUGGUGAUUGGCAGAACCAGGAUGCGCAAUCCCGCAGCUGGAGCAUUUAUCAUUCUGGAGAUCUUGCGCUUAUCCUUUCGAAUCCACCGUCAUUCUAUGCUACCGGCCCAGCUCAUAGACUGUUUGUUGACGGGCGACUCAACCAUGUAUUGGGUCUCUAUCUCGACGAUAUGGAGUGA